AUGUUUGAUCCCAACUACUCCAUGGAGGAUCAAGGGCAGCAGCAGCGGCCAGUUGCCGCUGCACCGCCGGCCAACAAUGAUGAUCAUAUAGCCCCCGACGUUGACGGCUUCGGUCUCGACGGCUUCAGAGGGCCAUCAUUUGAGGACUUCCAAGAUCAAUUACUCCGCAGCCAGCAGCAGCAACGCAACUAUGUACGGCGCCAUCACGUUGCACGACGACGACAGCGACACCCGUCGCACCACAAGAUUCAGAAGCGCCCUUCAUUAACCACGACCCCAUCGGCAUCGUCGUCCAUGACAACUGCGGCGGCAAGGACAACAUCAGCGACAUCCACAGCUUCAGCACCCGCAUCCACAUCCACAUCCGCUUCGGCAUCGGCGACAGCACCGGCAUCAGCAUCAGCAUCAGCAUUAGCAUCAGCUUCAGCUUCAGUACCUUCAUUCCCUUGGUCUGGACGGGCCUUAUCUCCUUCUGCUCAGCAUGUCUUCGAAAAGGCGACGCACGAGUUCAGGGUCCAUAACCCGCAACAAGAGGCUCUGCAAUUAGAGGCUCAAUCCCUUGUGCAACAGGAACAGCAGCAACAACCGCGGAAGGAGCAUGAGCAGCAGCAGGAGCCCUUGUCACCACCAAUCGCCAUGUCGCUGGUACCCGAUACCGCUGCUACUACGACUGCCGAUCAUCAAUCCUGGGCGGGAAUUGGCAGCCUCGAGGUGGAUGACGGAACUGAGAUGGAUGAUGCAUCUGAACUCGACAACGCGAAGCUUCAAUCCCUACUUCCCUCUUCAUUCCGCCACAUUAAUUAUGAUUACUCUCCCAGUGUCGCACCCACGAUACCAAAUGCUGCUUCUUCGUCGUCUUCAGCAAACACAUCGGAAAGUAAGGGGAAACGACCCGAACGGAGGCAAUCAAAACACAAUGCCCAGACGCAAUCACGGAGCAUUCAAGCCCUAGUGGAGGAAAUGAUCGAAACCGGCACCCAGUGUAACGUUCGAAGCGCCCCUCUUCCAGCGCCAUCAGCACCCGUUCUUUCGACAUUGGACGACCUGAAAGUCGAUCACGGCUAUGAUUUCGCAUCAAUGAAGCUGGAAGUCGACGAGCGCUAUCGUGAUGGAACCGUUGAUGUGUUGGAGGAAGAACGGGCGCUGCUUGAGUCGAUACAAGUGCGGCGCGCUGGUAGUGGACCAGCGGGUAUCCGGAAACACACAGUCGAGGGGACCCUCCCUCUCCGUUACCAGCUGUCGGCCGAGGCAGCCCUGCGAUGCGCGACCGUGGUACGGAGUAAGCCCCGAAUGCGCAGGCGAAAAGAGCACGGAACAGGUAGUGUGACCUCGUCGGUUGCGUAUUCGACCAACUCGUCUCCCAUGGCACAGCUUGCACAACCUUCGGAGCAACUGCAGUCACAAUACCUACCCGCGAUACCAUCAUCGUCAUAUCAUACGCCGCCAUGA